AUCGGAGACAAGAGGGAUACAAUGAGAAAAAGUGAGAAGACGGCGGAGAUUGCGGAGAGCAAAGAAUGGUACCUAGCAGGGUAUGCAGCCCAAGGCGUUCCAACCUCCGAGCAUCUGAAGCUCCGCAGUGUCCCGCUAUCCCUUACCCUUGAUUCCAUACCGGACGCCCAUGUUGCCAUUGAACUCCUCUUCGUCUCUAUUGAUCCUUAUCUUCGUACCCGAAUGAGCGGCCACGACGAUGGUUUAUAUUUUCCGCAGUUCAGCCUUAACCAGGUGAUAACUGCUUUUGGAAUUGGAAGAGUAAUCAGAUCCAAGGAUAAUAAGUACGAUGAGGGUGAUAUUGUGCUGAAUGCUUUCUUCCCUGUAGCCGAAUACUGUGUGGUGCCUUCUGAUGUCCUGAUAAGGAAGAUUGAUCCAGCUGCUGGGAUUCCCUUGCCAGAAUAUCUCAGUUGUUUUGGGGUUCCUGGGUUUGCUGCAUGGGUGGGGAUACAAGUGCUGGGAGACCUAAAGCCAGGCUCAAACGUCUUCAUAUCAGCGGCGGCAGGUGGUGUAGGAAUGUUUGCGGGACAAUUGGCUAAGCUCAAGGGUUGUAGAGUCAUUGGAAGCACCGGAUCUGAUGCCAAGGUAAGGCUCUUAAAGGAGGAAUUCGGGUAUGACGACGCAUUCAACUACAACAAAGAAACUAAUUUUGAUGCUGCUUUGAGCAAGUACUUCCCUGAUGGUAUUGACUUUUACCUUGACAAUGUUGGUGGUAAGAUGCUUGAGGCUGUCCUCAACCACGUUAACCUUCAUGCAAGGAUUCCAGUUUGCGGAAUGAUUUCUCAGUAUAACCAGACUUGGACUGAGAGAGAGGGUGUCAGAAAUGUGCUAAAUAUUGUGGGUAAGGAGGUAAGAAUGGAGGGGUAUUUGGUGGGUUCCUAUUUGGACAAAUUUGCAGAUUUUGCUACGGAGAUGGAGAGCUAUAUAAAACAAGGCAAAAUAAGUUCCAAGCUCAAAAUCUAUCGAGGAAUUGAAAGCUUUGCGGAUAGUAUAGGAUCCCUUUUCUCAAGCUCUAAUAUCGGGAAAGUCAUAAUUGAAGUUCGGCCCUAGCCAGAUAUAUAGUACCAAAUAUGACCGUCAUCAAUUGUUUGUUAACGGAGGAGCAGAGAUCCUAGCUAGCUAGCUAGCUAGCUAAUUGGGUUUGAGCUGUGAUGGCUCAUCCUUUACCGAUAAAAGAUGGCAGUCAUUACUUUAUUAUUGUUAUCAAUGUAAUAACUAAGAACAAUGAUUAAAAUAAGAUUGUUGUAAGCAAUAAUAACUACGUGUUGUUGACAUCUAUUGCAAAACUAGAAAAAUAUUCAUAUUUGAUGUACUAAUGUUUAAGGUUUAAAAUUUAUUUUUUUAA